GAUAAAGCUAGAUGGCUACAAAAUUUACGUUAAUGGUAAAUACGAGGUUGCAGAAGUGCUGUUCAGUCGCCAAUUCGGGCCUCCUCUGUCGGAUUUCGAUCACCAAAAACAAUGUUUUGUCGAGACAUUGAGUGGUUUGACGUGCAAUAAAUAGAAGCCAGCAUUAAGUGAGGAACAGGAGAAGCAGUAUGUUGCGUUCAAGGGUGCUAGCUUUGUUCAAGAGUCUCCAUCGCACAAGACAGAGUGUCUUCCAGGGAGACGAGCUGGCUCUCAAUGCUGCCAGAGAGCGCAUCAAUGAGGAGUUUGCCAAAAAUAAACACGAGACAGAUCCUGACGAAAUCCAGCAAUUGAUUAAAGUUGGCGAGGACGUGGCGGUUUUGAUGAAAAAGAACAUUGUGCAGGCCAAACUGAAUGAAGCUGGCAGAUACCAGGUUCGUCUCACUGAAGACACACUGAGGGAAGACAACGCUCCCCUACCCAGGGGAAAGGUACGCAAGAAACCCAGGGGCAACCAAUCGACUGAAACCAGGUGACAUGUCAAAAACUCAAAUUGUAGAGCAGAACUUGAGAAAUGAUGAGUUUUGUGGUUCACAGAUGAAUACUCGGUGUGGAUGAAUACUCUGUUGACUGAUUAGACUCGCAUGCAGUUUUGGACAGUUGGAUGAGGCGAGGCGGAGAUGGGGAGCGUGGCUUGGAAUGUGGGCAAAGAGGGGUUAUCAAAUAAAGUUUGAUGACAUAAGUCACUGUUGUCUAGCAGCUUCACCAGA